AUGAACCUCACCAACCUCAUCAAUACAAUUCCCCGCCCCCUCCUCAAACGUCGCCUCCACAUCCUCAUCGCAUCCCUCAUCGCUCUGACCUUCAUCCUCAUCAUCGCCCGACUAGCUACCCCAGGCACACCAGCAACUCGCACCAAUAUCUGGGGUAUAGCAGUGUGCCUCAAAGCCGCCCUCUUCCUCACCUACCAAAUCCUAACAACCUACAAAGUCCGCUACAAGCGAUGGGCCAGCCUCAAAGCCAACAUGAUCCUGGAUAUAAUCGACACGGUGUUCUGGUUCGCCUUGUUUAUUAUCAGUAUUAUGGGCGCGAACGGCGGACGUAGUGUCGCUAGUAAGGCGUUGGGUGCGUUUGUGGCUAUUUUGGCGUUGGUGUUGUGUGGUGUUGUAGGUCUAUUGUCGUAUCUUUGUGUCUUGGAUUAUCGGUAUUUCAAGGCUCAUGGGAGGGUUGAGACUUAUGGGAGUGAGGAAGUGAAGGGGGAGGUUGUUUAA